GCGCCAAUUUAUUUUUCAAAGGGCCAAACUUUUAAUUGAAACGCCUCGAUCCUAGCAGGGCGGGGGUUUCCCGGAAGAACCAGGAUGGGGCCGCCAGAGGCAGCGUAAGCCCAGCUCUUGGGAAGGGAAACUCGUGACACUCCGAUCUCCUCCUCCUCCUCCUUCUGUUCUCCAGCCUUGCAACAACAGCGGCACUUUCGCUGCGCGCAACUCCCAGCAAAGUCUGCGCUGUGCCGCUGGAGCUUUGGCGACAACAUGCAGCCCAGCUCGGGGCCUGCUGUGCUGGUUACCACCAGACCUCUUCAAAACACCCACACAGGGAUCGAUCUGUCCGUUCCAGAGUACCAGGAAAUCCGGGGAAAGAUGAUGUCAGGCCAUGUGGAGUAUAAUAUUGUCGCCGUGACGCAGCUGCCUGCUUUCAAAUCAGCGAAACACAAGCCAGAAGACAUAAUUCAGUUUAUGGUCUCAAAGAAGUACAGCGAGAUUGAGGAGUUUUAUCAGAAGCUGGCUACACGUUACCCACAAUCGUCUCUGCCACCACUGCCAAGGAAAGUGCUGUUUGUUGGGGAGUUUGACAUCCGGGAACGGAGAGCUGCGUUUAAUGAGAUCAUGAGAGCCAUCUCCAAAGAGACAGAUCUAGCAACAAGUCCCGAGUUAAUGGAAUUCCUAGGAACCAGAUCCACCAGCGCCACGGACAUCAAAAGUAAAAACCUCCCCGAUGCGGAAGACAAGGACGACGAGAACGAAGCCUUUGAUUUCUUCAAAGAGGAAAGGACGCCCGACCCCGUUCCCCUGUUCAAAUCCUCGAAAGAGCAGGAUGUUAAACACAGAAAAGAAAAAGAGGAAGAGGAGGAGGAGGAGGAGGACGGGGAUGACGAUGGAGACCCACUUGGUGUUAUCAAAUCUAAAAAGGCUAAGAAACCCACUCCUCCUCCAGCCAAAGACGGGAAGCCCAAGUUAACGAUUUUUGACGAAGAAGCUGUUCCCGAUGAAGGACUGUUUGGCUCAGCUAAAGGGUUUCCAUUCAGCGACAGCAAGAGGAUAUUGGCAGCCGAGAAAAAUCUGAAAUUGUUUGAAGAUCCAGACCUUGGUGGAGUGGUGACUGUGGGUGACUCGCUGCUGUUGCCAACCGCCUGUGCAAGCACAGAACAUGCAUUAAGCGGUAGCCUUGAGGAGGACACCGAGGAGCUCUUGAGAGUGGAAGAGGAUUUUGAGAAGAUGUGGAAACUAAGCUCCAAGCCCAAGCUGCCACCUAAGCCAGCGUUACCAAAGAAGCCAGCAGUAACUGAUGCAAAAAAAAACUUAUCCUCAGCCCCCAAAACAAAGCCAACCGAAGUAAAGGCACAGACCAUGGGUGAAGUUGAUAUCCUCCAGUACAUUCAAGAAAAUGAAUCUACCAGCAGUGAAGAACCUAGCCUGUUCUGAAACAACACACCGUGCCAGACUUUUCUUUAGGAAGAACUUCCACCAGCCUUCUGCAUCUGGUUGGACAGAGCAGGGUUUGGCCCAGCACCCUCGGUUGACAGCUUGCCUGCUGGUUCAUUAUGGCAAAGAGAGCAGAUUUGUGAGCAGCAAAUCAAUGAAUGGCUUGUGUGUGUUCUGACCGCAGAGCAGCUGGGAUCUGAUCAAAGAUGCCUUAUGUUUUUUUCAGGGAGUUUCAAGAGCGAGGCUAGAAUUUUGUUGAAAGUGGGAAUGCUAUCUCGUUUUGUUUUGUACUACAGUUGUAGUUCAAACUGUUGAAAUAUGUUCAUUCAACAUAAUUUGCGGCAAAUUGAUUAUUUGAGAGGUAGAGGGGAUAAAGGGAGCGGACU